AUGAAUUUGCUCGUUUGGAACGUCCGAGGCCUUACGGACGAAUCUAAACGGCUUCUCAAGGAGCAUUGUCGUUCCUUUUCUCCUAUUAUCUUGGGUAUCGUUGAACCUAAAUCGAAGUUUCGAAAAAUACAGAUGAAUUUCUGGCAUUCUUUGAAUGUCACUCCACGACAUCAGAAUUGUAGACUGCCGCGUCGUUCUAAUAUUUGGUUUUUAGCUCAACCUUCUGUUGCCACCACGAUUAUUUACUCCUCUGAUCAGGUGAUUAUUUCUGAUUGUUCUUGGCAGAAUCUUCGCUUCAGAGUGGCAGUUAUACAUGGGGCCAAUGAUGCGGUUUUCAGACGACAACUUUGGGCCGAUCUUCUUAAUUUUACUGAUGGGAACACUGUUUUUAUUGGCGACUUUAACGCGGUGAAAGGCGCUCAUGAGCGGCUUAGUGGGGUGCUUCCUUCUCGAAGCUCUUGUGAAGAUUUUUGUAGAUUUAUUGAUGAUACGGGUUUCCUGGAACCCUCCGCCUCGGGUUUACAAUUUUCUUGGUCGGGUAGAAGGUUCUUCCCCAACCAUGUGGAAACUCUCUUGGAUAGAGCUCUUGUCUCUUCUUCUUUCGAUAAUUUAUGGGACUCCAUAAAUACUCAUGUGCUGCCGAGACUUACGUCGGAUCACUCAGCCAUCGUGCUGCAAUGCAAACCUCGUUUGGCACCAGGAAAGCGACCGUUUCGUUUUCAACACAUGUGGGUGGAACAUCCUGGUUUUUUGGAUCUGGUGCGAGACUCUUGGGCUGUUGCUGCUAACAUUCCUUGCCCAAUUUAUACAGUGAUGUUAAAAUUGAAAAGGUUAAAGAGUGCUCUCCGGGAGUGGAAUAAAACUACCUUCGGCAGCUUGGAUGCUAAACUUGCUGAAGCUCAGGAGGAGCUUGCCUCGGUUCAGGCUCGGAUUUCUAGAGAUGGCUACACGGACGCUAGCUUCGACGAGGAAAUCACUAAGCAAGAUGUCAUAAAUACGAUGCUUACCAGAAAAAACGUUCAGCUACAACAACAAAGUCGUAUUAAGUGGUUACAAGACGGUGAUAGAAACACGGCUUUUUUCCAUAAGGUGAUUCGUCAGCGAAAAUCUGGACUAGUCAUUAGUCAUCUUAACAUUGCGGGCGCCGUUGUGUACGAGCAGUCGGUGAUUGAGAGUCACAUUGUGGAGCAUUUUACUACGCUUUUCUCGCAAGGGGUGGCCAGCAGCGUGGAUUUGGUUGAUAUUGAAGCUAAUAUUGAUUUGCAGGUCAAUGAAGAUCACAAUAGGGGCUUGAUUGAGAUCCCUUCGGAUGAGGAAAUCACGGCGGCUGUCCAUGGCAUGGAGGCUAGCAGUGCUCCGGGUCCUGACGGAUUCUCGGGGGUGUUCUUUCAUCGUUGUUGGGACAUCGUUAAAGAGGAUAUUAUUAGGGCUGUGCGGUGUUUCUUCCUGAAUUCUUAUCUCCCUAAUGGUUGCAAUGCUAAUACUCUUGUCUUAAUUCCUAAAGUUGAGGCGGUGACUUCGGUUUCGGAUCUCAGGCCGAUCAUUCUUUCGAAUUUCUUCUUCAAGAUCAUCUCCAAAGUUAUGGCGGUCAGGCUCAACAGAGUUGCUUCUGAGAUUGUCUCCCAGAAUCAAUUUGGCUUUAUCAGCGGUCGGUCCAUCCACGAGUGCAUCAUGCUCGGUUCUGAAGGCUUUAACUGCAUGAAUCGCACCAAUCGCAGCGCAAACAUGGCUUGCAAAAUUGAUAUCAAGAAGGCCUUUGACACCAUGAGUUGGGACUUCAUUCUCAAAGUCUUUCGUGUUUUGGGUUUCCAUGAAAGAUUUAUCCAGUGGCUCUCCAUCAUCUUUAGCUCUGCUAGAAUUUCCAUUUUAUAUAAUGGGCAUCUCAGUGGCUAUUUUGCUUGCACCAGAGGGGUCAGACAAGGAGAUCCUUUUUCUCCUAUUAUUUUUGGUAUAGCCGAAGAUCUGCUUAGUCACUUGAUUUUGAACUGUGUUGCUGCGCGGCGCCUUACUCCGAUGAGUUUCAGUAGAUCGAUGUUAUUUCCUACGCAUCUUUUGUACGCGGAUGACAUUCUCAUCUUUUGUAGGGCCUCCACUCGUAAUGCCAAAACGAUAAAACACAUUCUGGAGUACUAUGGUGAGCUGUCAGGGCAAGUUUGUAGCUUGGAGAAAUCACGCAUUUAUUUUGCGAAAGGGGUCUCUACUUCUAUGAAGCGUGGGAUUAAUCAUGUUUUGAGUUUCACUCAAGGAAGCGAUUGUAUUACUUAUCUGGGAGCGCCUUUGUUUGUGGGGAAGCCGAGGGCCUUUCAUCUCACUAGCAUCAAAGAUAGAAUUGUUCAAAAGUUCUCUAGAUGGGCUGGUUUGCACUUUUCAAUGGCCGGACGGAUUUGUCUUGUGAAUUCGGUCAUUCAGAGCUCUUUAACUCACACCAUGAUGGUCUACAGCUGGCCGAAGUCCCUUCUCCAUGAGAUUGAUCGAAAGUGUAGGAACUUUAUUUGGACGGGGAAUACUGAACAAAAGCCCUCUUGUUCAGUGAAGUGGAGCAGAUGCUGUGCUAUUAAAGAGGAGGGUGGCUUGGGGAUUCACUCGUUUACUUUAAUGAACAAGAGUUAUCUCAUGAAGCUGGCGUGGAAUAUGAUCAAAGGUAAUUCUUUUGCUCACAAGGUUUUAUGUUCUCGCUAUCUUAAACCUCAUGGCUAUGCUAAAGAGAAUGUGGCGAACUCUUCGGUUUGGAUCGGUGUGAAACAUGAGAUUAAUGAUUUGGUGGAUGAUUCAUAUGCCGUGGUGGGAAAUGGAAUGCUUACACGUUUUUGGCUUGAUGAUUGGCUAGGGUACAGGAUUAGUGACAAACUUGGAAUCCCACCUUUCUUAUGGGGUUUUCUGCAACACUCUAUUUCUGAUUACUUUUUUGAUGGCUGUUGGCAUUUUUCUGCCAACUUCGUUGAAAAUUUUCCGGAUAUUGUAUGUGAUAUUCUUCUCACUCCUUUGAGUAAUGCGAAUGACGAGCGUUUUUGGAAGCCAUCGUUGCGCGGGGAUGUCACUUCUUCUCUGGCCUUUGCCAAUAUUUCGAAUAGAUAUCCCAAAGUGGUUUGGGGAAAGUGGAUUUGGGAUCCGGCGGUACCUAUACGCCGCUCACUCACCUGCUGGCGCCUCAUUCAUGGGAGGCUUCCCACGACUGACUGUCUGAUUAGACAGGGACUUAUUGCCCCCAAUGCUUGCCCUAUCUGUCUCUUUACUGCGGAGUCUAUCAAUCAUAUUUUCUGGGAUUGCACGAAGGUGAUGCCGAUUUGGGCAACUUUUCUGGGUUGGUUCCGCCAGUCCGAUAUGUUAGAGUGUCCGGACAUUCAUAGCUUUUUGGUUAGGGCGUGGAACGCGACCUUUAGCUCUUUACUGCAGAGAUUGUGGAAGAUUGGUAUUCUCAACGUUAUUUGGAUGAUAUGGACCAGCAGGAAUGCCUGCAUUUUCGAUGAUCAGAAGUUUAAUGGAACUAAGAUUAUUAGCUUCAUCAUGACUGUUUUCAAGGACGCAGAUGCGUCGCCUUUGAAGCUAGGGUUUAUGGCCAAUGAGUGGAGCGAUUAG